CACUCAAGGAAAUCUUCCACUCGUCGAUUGAACCACUUCAGGGCGGGCUCCAGGCUGUAAAUAUUGGUGAAAUUCAAGCGGUGGUCUGUGCGUGCUUCUCUCGACAGCUGCGUCAUCCGUCAUGGUCGACUUGAUCAAGCAGUGUUGUCGCUGCGGACAAUCCCUCCUUGUCUGUGUAGACUGAACGGAAAGCAAGAUGUCUGACGAGAAGAUCCCUCUCGCGCCUCCUCCGUCCUACGACGAUGUGUCGCAGACGAGAUCUCCCGCUACCGCUCCAACGCCCGGCCGGCCCAUUGGGCCCAAGCCGCUCGAUUUGCCUGCUCUCAACAUGAUCCGAGGACGGCGAAUCAUCCUCGCAUCCGCUUCACCGAGACGCCGACAAUUGCUAGCGCAGAUCGGUCUGACGAAUCUGGAAAUCGUCCCGUCGACGGUGCCGGAGGAUGAAGACAAGUCCCUCGGCCCGUUCGAAUAUGUCCUCGAGACCGCCCAGACCAAAGCUCGAACUGUCUACCAAGCCACCAUCGACGACCCGAAAGGCGAGCCGGUGCUGGUCAUCGCCGCCGACACCGUGGUGAGCACCCAUCUCGGACAGAUCCUGGAGAAGCCACGCAGUGAGAAAGAUCAUUUUGCCAUGCUGAAGAUGUUGCGCGACCUUAACGACGGCUGGCACAAAGUCUACACCGCGGUCGUGUGCAUGGCACCCUUGGAGAGCUUGAUGGAGCCUGGGUACGCAGUGGAGACACACGUCGAGGAGACUCGCGUGAAGUUUGAUCCGACCAUUUCAGACGAGCUGAUCAUGUCAUACGUGCGCACGCGGGAAGGGGUGGACAAAGCUGGUGGCUAUGGGAUUCAAGGCAUCGGCAGUAUUCUCGUGGAGAAGAUCGAUGGGACAUUUGACAAUGUGGUAGGGUUGCCCAUGAGAGCGACACUGCAACUCAUUGAGAAGAUCAUCACGGAGCCGAAUGUUCCCGCCGAAGUGGAAGACUUGCUGUAACUGUAUAGACUGACACGAGCUAUGAACGCUACUUUCCCUUUCG